UGGGUACAUUUUGCAUGAAGAAACAUGUACUAGUAGCAUUUUCUUUAGGUUGCUGCACAUGUUAAUCCUUAGAUCUGUCCCUGCAAAAUCUUUAGACCAUUUGGUUGUAGUUGCUUUACUUAACAUUAUGUGGAAGUGACGGUUUUAUUUGUUAUUUAUGGUUGAUUGAGGAUAUGCUUUGCAAUUUGCAUCUUUGUAUUCAAGCAUGUAGCCAAGUUGAAAUCCUACUUUGCAUAAAUAUUUCAUGUAUUAAAGGUUGCUUUUGUCUCUGUUUUUUUGCCAACUUAUUGAUAGAUUAGGUUGCUUGUACUCGAAAGAUGAGAAAGAAGAAAUUAAGUAGAAGAUGAUAAGUUUGAGUACAGUGAAGGGACAAUGUAUGUUGAUACAGGGAACUUUGGGAUUGCAAGGAAUGUAAUUAUAUAUAUUAAUAUAUAUAUACACACACACAUAGAUGAAGCUAUUUUUAUGUACCAUGGGUGGAUAAGAAUCCUUAGGUUGCAUAGUUGAUGGAAGUUUUGAUAACACCUUCAUCCGGUAUCCCAGGCUUUUGGUGCUUCUGUCUAUACCUUUUCUUUUUAGGGAACUUCCAUUAAUUCCGUUUCCUCUCAAACUCCCAUGCUCCCCCUACGAUUGUCUCGUUGUUUAAAAUAUUCUCAAACCCAAGAGUGAGAAUAAGUGAAUAACCAAGCCAAAUCAAACAAAUCCAAUAUAUUCCAUCAAGAGGUAGGGCCUGAGAGGGGUAGGAUGUAUGCAUACCUUACGUCUGGCUCAAGAGACAGAGGUGCUGUUUCCGAGAAGACCCCAAACCCAAGGGUGAGAGUAUAACCCCUUAAAAUAGUAGGUUGACAUGCAUCGUUGGAUUUAGCUCUUCAUUGGUUUGGGAUUUCUAAUGCAUAUAUCAGGGUUUCAAGUAAUUAAGGUGUAUUGUAGCUUAUGCAUGUAAUGAUGGGAAGAGGCCUGACCUUAAGACUUAUGCUGAGUUCGAAUAUCGAAAGAGAAAAGGUUAUGCACAUUCUUAUGAGCUGAAGGACAACACUUACUUUUAUUUUGUAAUGUUUUCAAACACAUAAAUGGAUGACUAUAGUCGUAUUUUAGUCAUUUAAAAGGCGGCAACUUUUCCUUUCUCUAAGCAACUUCUUUAUAGAUGAUUUUCGUCUUACAUCAUACAAGGAAUGUUUCCAAUGAUGUUGCUACAAUUUUUUUAAUUUGAUGUCAAUUAUAGAUUUAAGGUUGAUACACUUUAGCAACACCUGCUUGGCUCUGAUGAGAUAUCAUACUUUGCAUAUUUGUAACUCAUAACUCAUAUUCAACACAUUGUUAAAACUUGAAAGAGGCACUUGAACCACCCAAAGAACCCCGGCGGCCCAGAACUCAUUGGGACCAUCUUCUAGAAGAGAUGGUGUGGUUAUCAAAGGAUUUCGAGUCAGAGAGAAAAUGGAAAUUGGCCCUGGCAAAGAAGAUUGCCACAAGGGCCAGCAAAGGUAUGGUGGAUCAGGCCACAAGAGGAGAAAGACGAGUGAAGGAGGAAGAGCUCCGGAUGAAAAAAGUUGCACUCAACAUUUCCAAAGACGUGAAGAAGUUUUGGACGAAAAUUGAGAAGCUGGUGCUAUACAAGCAUCGGUUAGAGCUUGAUCAAAAGAAGAAAAAAGCGCUUGAUAAGCAGCUUCAGUUUCUUUUAGGACAAACAGAAAGGUAUUCAACAAUGCUGGCAGAAAAUCUUGGGGAUUCAUCUCCUCGUCAGCAUGUGCAUUCAUCCUUGGUGCAGGAACAACCGGCAAUUCAAUAUGAAGAUCAUACCGAUAUCAAUGGGUGUGCUGAACCAAAUGUUGAGUCCCAGUCAGAUAUUUUAGAAAUUGACGAAGACUAUAAGUCUGAAAAGGAACCAGAAGAUGAUGAGCAUACGAUUGAGGAAGAUGAAGCCCUCAUAACUGAAGAUGAAAGACGAGAGGAACUAGAAGCUUUGCACAAUGAAGUAGAUUUACCCCUUGAGGAGUUACUCCGCCGUUAUGCAGUUGGAGAAGAUAAUACAGAAAGUACUCCAGGAAAGACUGAUGGUGUAGCUGAACUAACCCAGGCAUCGGAAGAUGACUCUCGGUGUAACGGAAAUGACAGUUCUGAUCAUAUAUUAAGGAGAAAGAGUACUCAACCAGCUCGGAGUCGUCAUUGUGCUGAAAGUAAUGGCGGCUUAUCAGUUUCAAAAAAUCAUCAUUCAGAAGUCGAGAAACAUGGCAUUAGAAAGAGGAAAGGACUUCAAGAGGGGCGCAAAAAAUAUUUGGAAUUAGACUUUAAUGAUGAAAAUGAGGAUGGCGACUUUAUACUUGCAAAUGGAGAGGAAAAGGAUGAUGAAACGACCUUGCUGGAGGAAGAAGAACUAGCAAAGGCCGAGGCUGAUGAUACAGUAGAUGAGAUUGCAUUAUUGCAGAAUGAGAGUGAAAUUCCAAUAGAGGAUUUGCUUGCAAGGUAUAGACAGGAUUCUGACAUUAAUAGAAGUACAGAGGAGGAUUCAGAGUCUGAAGGUGCGUCUGAAUCUGUAGAUUUGUCUGAUUCUUCGGCACAUCAAGAGACUGAAGUUGAUCUGCAGCAUGUUCAAUUGGAUUUGGAUGAAGUUCAUUCACCUAUUGAAAUCCCGGUCAACUGUUCUAGAGAUAUUCAGCAUGUUUCCAUGGCUGAAGCCGAUUUACCUACCGAACUCCAUUCAGUCAAAUGUUCUACUAGUGAACAGGAAGAAAAGCCAGAUCAAACGGUUGAUGAGGGUGGGGAGAAUGAGGACAGAAUUGCUGAUGCAGCAGCUGCUGCUAGAUCAGCACAGCCAACAGGCAAUACGUUUCUGACAACUAAAGUGCGGACAAAAUACCCUUUUCUUUUGAAGUUCUCUCUCCGUGAAUAUCAACACAUUGGAUUGGACUGGCUAGUGACGAUGUACGAAAAAAGACUUAACGGGAUUCUUGCCGAUGAAAUGGGGCUUGGGAAGACAAUUAUGACGAUAGCUUUGCUUGCACAUCUCGCUUGUGAAAAGGGGAUAUGGGGUCCCCAUCUCAUUGUAGUACCGACUAGUGUCAUGCUCAACUGGGAAACGGAGUUUCUAAAAUGGUGCCCGGCUUUUAAAAUCUUGACGUAUUUCGGAAGUGCAAAGGAGCGUAAACACAAGAGACAAGGAUGGCUGAAACCGAAUUCUUUUCAUGUAUGCAUAACGACUUACAGACUUGUUAUUCAGGAUUCGAAAAUUUUCAAGCGGAAGAAAUGGAAAUACCUGAUCUUGGAUGAAGCCCAUCUCAUAAAAAACUGGAAGUCUCAGAGAUGGCAAACGCUUUUAAAUUUUAACACAAAGCGGCGUAUUCUUUUGACGGGUACCCCUCUGCAGAACGAUCUUAUGGAACUGUGGUCUUUAAUGCAUUUCUUGAUGCCACACAUUUUUCAGUCUCAUCAAGAAUUUAAAGAUUGGUUCAGUAAUCCGAUAUCUGGAAUGGUUGAAGGUCAAGAAAAAGUAAAUAAAGAAGUAGUUGACCGACUGCAUAACGUGCUCCGUCCUUUUAUACUCCGUCGCCUAAAGAGGGACGUGGAGAAACAGUUACCGAUGAAACAUGAGCAUGUUAUAUACUGUAGACUCUCGAGGAGGCAGCGGAAUUUGUACGAAGAUUUCAUAGCUAGCUCAGAGACGCAAGCUACUCUUGCAAGUUCUAAUUUUUUUGGGAUGAUAAGUGUUAUAAUGCAACUCCGUAAAGUUUGCAACCAUCCUGACUUAUUUGAAGGUCGUCCCAUUAUUAGUUCUUUUGAUAUGAAUGGCAUCGACAUCCAGUUUUGUUCUUCUGUUUGUUCAGUGCUUGCUUCCAGUCCGUUUUCUACUGUUGAUCUUUGUGAAUUAGGGUUCAUAUUCACUCAUCUUGAUUUCGGCAUGACAUCAUGGGAGAGUGAUGAAGUUCAAGCCAUCGCCACACCCUCGAGCUUAAUUGAGGAGCGUGCAGAACAAGUUCAAAGCAAAAUCAAGUUUGGGAAAGAGUCGAGUGGGUUUAAUAUCUUUGAAGAAAUUCAAAAGGCACUUAUAGAAGAGAGACUAAAAGAAGUUAAGGAACGGGUAGCAUCGAUUGCAUGGUGGAAUUCUUUGAGGUGCAGGAGAAAACCCUUGUAUUCAACGGGUUUACGAGAUAUCGUCUCUGUCCCAAAUCCCAUUUCCGUCUCUACGCUUACAGACAUUGUACUGUCUCCGGUUGAACGGUUCAAGCAGAUGGUGGAUCAGGUCGAGAGUUUCAUGUUUGCAAUCCCGGCAGCAAGAGCUCCUUCGCCUGCUGGAUGGUGCAGCAAAUCCGGAACUUCCGUGUUCAUAGACCAAAAUUACAAGGCGAGAUGUUCAACACUUCUAUCACCCCUACUAACACCUAUUCGUCCUGCUAUUGUCCGGAGGCAAGUUUAUUUUCCCGAUAGGCGGUUAAUACAGUUUGAUUGUGGCAAGCUGCAAGAGCUUGCUGUUCUUCUUAGACGACUGAAAUCAGAAGGUCAUCGAGCACUAAUAUUCACUCAAAUGACGAAAAUGCUUGAUGUUUUGGAAGCUUUCAUAAAUUUAUAUGGAUAUACGUACAUGCGUUUAGAUGGUUCCACCCCGCCUGAAGAGAGGCAAACUCUAAUGCAGCGGUUCAAUACGAACCCAAAAUUUUUUCUUUUCAUUUUGUCAACUCGUAGUGGCGGUGUAGGUAUCAAUCUGGUAGGUGCAGAUACUGUUAUAUUCUAUGAUAGCGAUUGGAAUCCUGCAAUGGAUCAACAAGCUCAAGAUCGGUGUCACAGGAUAGGACAGACACGUGAAGUAAAUAUUUACCGUUUAAUCAGCGAGAGCACCAUUGAAGAGAACAUUUUAAAAAAGGCAAAGCAAAAGCGGGCUCUUGAUGAUUUGGUGAUUCAGAGUGGAGAGUACAACACCGAGUUUUUCAAAAAGCUUGAUCCGUUGGAAUUGUUCUCGGGACACGGAACGGUUCCUGUAAAUAAUAUACAGAAAGAGAAGACUCGGACUAAUGGGGUUGAAGUCCCGGUGUCUAAUGCGGACGUGGAGGCUGCAUUGAAGCAUGCAGAAGAUGAAGCGGACUACAUGGCGCUAAAGAAAGUUGAACAGGAAGAGGCGGUGGACAACCAAGAAUUCACCGAAGAAGCCAUCGGGAAACUGGAAGAUGAUGAGUUAUUGAAUGAUGAAGAUGUGAAAUUUGAUGAAUCAGCCGAUCAUGGUGGAUUAGUUACGGCACCAGUAGAAGACAAUCUGCAACAUGUAAAUUGUAGUAACCCGAAUGAAGAGAUGGAUAUGAAUUUGGUCAAGGAUGAAGAUGAUGUUGACAUGCUGGAUGAUGUCAAACAGAUGGCUGCAGCAGCUGCAGCCUCGGGUCAGGAGAUCUUAUCGUUUGACGAUCAACUUCGUCCAAUUGAACGUUAUGCAGUACGUUUUCUGGAGCUCUGGGAUCCUAUUAUUGACAGUGCCUUGAUAGAGCCCCAGGAUAGGUUUGAAGAAGCUGAAUGGGAGUUGGAUCAUAUCGAGAAGUUAAAGGAGGACAUGGAAGCAGAAGGUGAUGACGAUGAGGAACCUUUAGUCUAUGAAAGAUGGGAUUCUGAGUUUGCAACAAAGGUAUACCAAGAACAAGUCAAAGCAUUGGCUGAACAUCAGUUGAUGGAAGAGCGUGAAAUGGAAGCUAGAGAGAAGGAACAAGCGGAAUCUGACUCAAUGAACAGGAAUGAAACGAUUGUUCGGAAACCCAAGUCAAAGAAGAAGACAAAGAAAACAAAGUUCAAAUCUUUGAAAAAAGAAGCUCUAUCUUCCGACACAAAGACUACAAACGUAGAGUCACCAAUAGAAGUUGACGAUGAACUUGAUGAUGAGUUGAUCCUGGUGAAGAAACGCAAAAAACCAGUGGAUGACGGUGAAGUGAAGAUUACCAAGAAGUCCAAAAAGGUCAAGAAGAAUUCUGAACCGAGCUCUUUAGAUGUGGAUUCAAAUUCUUUAGCCGAGCAGCAAGAUGAACCAAAAGAAAUGAAAUUAUGUGGAAGCAAUCUUGAGGUUGAUCAUAAGCCCGUCAACAGAAGCAAAACAGGAGUGAAAAUCUCUAUCGCUUCGAUGCCUGUUAAACGGGUGAUGACCAUAAGGCUGGAGAAGUUAAAGAAGGGAAGCAUAUGGCCGAAUGAUUGUCUUCCGGCACCAGAUUCUUGGUUAUCAUUGGAGGAUGCGGUACUUUGUGCCGUGGUACAUGAAUAUGGUGUAAAUUGGAGUCUGGCUAGUGAUGUUCUGAACGGAAUGACAACAGGAGGGUUUUACAGAGGAAUUCUUCGUCAUCCCGUUCAUUGUUGCGAGAGGUAUAGGGAGCUCGUACAGAGAUACGUGUUGUCUACUUCUGACAAUCUUCAUAACGAAAAAUCAAGUAAUGUUGGUGUUGGCAAAGCUCUUCUGAGAGUAACCGAGGAGCAUGCCAAGAUGUUGUUGGAUAUGGUAUCGGAAUUGCCUGAUCAAGCGUACACUCUUCAGAAGCAUUUCUUUCACCUACUUGCAUCUGUGUGGAGGGCAACUACUCGUUAUGGUCACCGGAAAACCCCAUUGCCUCUCAGAAGCGCAAGAUUUCAUAAUUCUCGAGACCCCAUUAGGCCACAAUCACAAAAAAUGAAGUUCACUAACCUAAGCCAGAUUAGCAUAUUAGUAGCUGACGCACUUGAAAACUCUCAAAAUGUACCAAGGGAGGAAAGAGUUUCCAAUUUCAGUGAAAGAAAUGAAGCUCAAGCCAUUGACCAGGUGGGAAUUACUCUAGAGUUUUCUUCAGGAAGGGAUGAUCAAAGUGUUCCAUUGCCAUCGGCUGUAUCUCUGUCGAUAGAUGUCUCAGAACCAGUAUCAUCCGAACCCAUCACAAUGGGCGGGAAUCAGCAUUUUAGAUCAUCCAAGGAUACUGCUGAAUGUCGUUUCAGGGAUGCAUCAAGGGCCACCAUUGAGGGUGGUUUAAGCUUGCCACCAUCAGCAUUCCCGAUAAGCGACAUCAAGUCUAGACCACUGGCUAAAUCUCAACUGUCAGGAAAACACAGGCUGCCGAAUCCUGAAGCACCAUUGAAGUCUUCUAAAUCCAAAUUGAAGAAAACCAUAAUCGAUUCCAAUGAAAUCCUUCCUCCCAAUUUGCAACCACCAUCAUCAUCUCCCAAUGAUUCGUGUUUGAGAUUCGAUUCAACAUCUUCUGUUCCUGAUCUCGUGUUCGAUGAUUUUCUAAGUUCAUCUUCCUUAGAAAUGGGCAAUGAGGUUUGUCUAGAUGCAGGAAGUUUCGAUUUAGUACCCCAUAAUUACGAUCCUGGUUUCACUUUGGGUCUCGAGGAUUGUUCAUUAUCUCCAGAAUUUACUGAUAUUGGAUAGUAGGGAUGGAUUUCGGUUUUAAUGCGAGUUUGGUUUAAAGCUAACUGGGCCAGUGCAUUUUGAUGGUACCGAAUGUCGUAUAUUGAAUGCACGAAAAGGAGGGAUGUUUUCGAUUCAAAAAUCACUAACCUGCUGCUGUAUCUGGAAUGCUGAUGAGAAGGAAGCCGAGAAUGGAUUCUUGGAAGAUACAACAUUUUGCACAUAAAAUUAUGUAACAUUGUAUAGCAUGUGGCCCUUCAACUUCUGUAACCCUUUUUUCCGGUUGGUGGGUGGGAAAUCGUGCGUUAGUUUUCGGUUAAAAAUGAAUUAUUUUGGCACAUUCCCCUCAUAGUGUAGGAUUAGAAACAGGAAAUUAGUCGUUGAUGAAUGAAAAAGCAAUUUACUCUUUUUUCU